AUGGAAACCGAACGAGCAAGAGAAUACGUUCGGUACGUAUGUAAUUCGCGCUUGGAGAAAUUCACUGGGACGCGUCGUUGGAUUGGUUCGCUGGUAGCUGGACAAGCAAAUCGAUGCUUCGCCCUUGUGCCACUCGCCGCAUUAAUAGCCGAGUUAUGUCCUUCACGGGCGAAUUGCGCCUGGGGAAGGGCACAAUCCGCGAUUAGGCGAACGGGGCUUAAAGCCUGCCAGAGCUUCCGGGCCGGCGAUUCGUGCCAAUGGAAGCUUUCCGGAGUGGAGCGACCGUUUCGCGACGAGAUCGGUCCAUUAACGUGGAGUAGUCUCACCUGGCUCGAUUGUUCCAAUCCGUUCAAGCUGUUCCACCUUGGCGAUAAAUUCCACGGACCCCGACGAGGAGACUUCGUUCCUGGAUAA